UCGGAUGAUGCGGACGACAUAUGUAUACACGAACGACGCGAAUGACCUAGCCUUAAGCAAUGAAGCUGCAGACUUAUGCUUAACAACCUCUACUCCUUUGUGUGGGCGAAGUGACACUUUUUUCUUUCAAAUCCUCCAAUCUUAUGUGAAACGCUUUCGGGUGAUCCAAGUAAUCUCAAAAUGUGGAUCACAUCAGCGAAAACUCAGACCUCUCGACCUAAAUUCGGCCAUAAUUCACCAGCGACCAGCGCCUCCUUUGCAACUACCAUGGGAGUUGAGUCGAUGAGGACGAGUCUGGAUCAAACUGCGAAUGAAGAUCCAGUUUCAGAGUUCGACUGACAGAAAUUUGGCGAAAUGAUCGAAAUCACGGCCAAACUGGUCGGAGGACCCACCUAUUUUUCUGGUGAAAUGAUAGAAUGUUGUAUUACGUUCGGUAAUCCCACAAAUCCGAAUCAUCAGAUAUCCCAGAGUCACAGCGAUGUUUUCGAAAGUCUUGCAUGGGCAAGUGCACAAGUUCACUGUCAAUGUUCUACCAAUGGAAAGGAUGUACACACAGAGAAACUAAAUUCCAUUCAGCUGGCAGCUGUCAAUGCAGACACAACAUUUGCUCCGUGGCGACAAGAUAAUGGCCAUGUUGUCUUGAAUACGAAACCAAAAAUAUUGUUCUGCGAUUUGAGAUUGUUGCCAGGAGAGAGUGAAACUUAUAUUUACAGAGAAAGAAUACCGAGCGACGCUCCCCCAACUUACAGAGGCCAGGCAGUCAAGUAUUCUUAUAAAAUAACUGUUGGAACUCAGAGAGUGAACUCUGCAAUUAAACUGCUGAGAGUGCCAUUCAGGGUUCUGUCUUUGAGAGAACUGCCCGAUAUAGCCCCAUGUAAUGACAGUGUCGAUCUCAGCCCCAAUAAUCCAUUCAUGGAAACACGACAACGAGAUACCCCAUUGGAUAUGGCUAUACAGACAUUACAAAAUAUCACAGCACGCCGUAGUCCCAACUUUUACAAUAUAACAAAUGGUCGAGGACGAGUGGUGAGGUUUUGUUUGUUUAAGAAUUCUUACAAACUUGGAGAAGAUAUUGUGGGUACUUUUGAUUUUUCGAGAGCCACUGUCUCUUGCACCCAAGUAUCCGUAGCACUGCAGUCUGAGGAACACGUAUCGGAUGAUUACAGAAGAGCGAGAUCAUCGCCCGCUCUCAUUAGCUAUAACAAACACCACGAGGUUUGCCUUGGAUUAAAAUACUCACAACUGGUGUUGCCUAUUCCACUCCACGUUACACCUGAUUUUACAACAGACUUGGUCACACUAAAAUGGCGAUUGCACUUCGAAUUCGUAACCACAGUCAAAUCAGUUGAAAUGCCUGACGAAAAAACUUCUGACUGGCAGGGACCGGCUAGCCUCAACAUUGAAACCAUGGUUUGGGAUUUGCCGUUACGGCUUCAUCCGACAACCACGCCUCCUAACACAUCCCAGCAAACAAAAUACCAUACUGUCAUAUAGUAGAACGAGGUACGAGCAAGGAAAUAGCACGACAGAAAAUUGAAAGCAGAAAGUUAUUCUUUGUAAUGUAAAUAGAAUAGAUAUAUUACUUCAUACGAAUACAGAAAAGGGCUAUUUAAAUAUUGAGUUGCCUGGCAAAA